CACGAACGUUCUAUGCUUUCAGCGAUCCACACCAAAAACCCUUAUUAACUUGUCACCUUUCUCUUCUUCUUCUCUCUCCGCGAUUUUCAUUUUCAAUUGUGAAUCAAACAACCAUGUCGCACUUCGGAAGACAAGGUCCUCCAGACAUCGCUGACACCUACUCUCUCCUCGUUCUCAACAUCACUUUCCGUACAACCGCUGAUGAUCUAUUUCCUCUGUUCGACAAAUACGGAAAAGUUGUUGACAUUUUCAUCCCCAGAGAUCGAAGGACCGGUGAAUCGAGGGGAUUCGCUUUUGUACGUUAUAAGUAUGCUGAUGAAGCUUCAAAGGCCGUUGAUAGGCUUGAUGGAAGAAUGGUUGAUGGUCGUGAAAUAACUGUCCAGUUUGCAAAGUAUGGCCCUAAUGCUGAGAGAAUUCACAAAGGAAGGAUUAUUGAAACAUCCCCGAGAUCAAAGAGCUCAAGGAGCCGCAGUCCCAGCAGGAGAAGGCAUCACGAUGAUUACAGAGACAAGGGUUACAGGAGGAGAAGUCGCAGUAGAAGUUAUGAUAGGUAUGAACGUGACAGGUACCGUGGUGGGAGAGACAGGGACUACCGUCGCCGAAGCCGAAGCCGUAGUGCCAGUCCUGAUUACAAGCGCCGUGGAAGAGGGCGCUAUGAUGAUGAGCGUCGUAGUAGAAGCAGAAGCAGAUCAGUAGACAGCCGCUCCCCUGCAAGACGCAGUCCUAGUCCAAAAAGGAGCCCUUCUCCUAAGAAGAGUAUUUCUCCUAAGAAAAGUCCUAGUCCUAGUCCACGUCGUGAGAGUCCUGAUACUCGUAGCCGUGAUGGAAGGUCUCCUACUUCUCGCAGUGUCUCACCACGAGGCCGUCCUGAAGCCUCCCAAAGCCCUUCUCCUCGAAAUUCAGACGGUGAUGAAUGAGCUGUUUUUCAUGAAGUAUUCCAGAGAUACUACUGUACCUGUUGCUGUUGGUAAUAUUGGAUGAUUUUGUCAAUGUGAAUGGUCUUAUCAAAGUCAUUGAAGGUUUUUUGAUCUAAGUGCAGUUUGGUAGGACCAGACUUCCUUGGGUUUGAAUAUUAAAUAUAUUUUGACCUAUAUCAUGUCUACUUUAGAGUUGGUAACUUUUGCACCUUGUAGUUGCUAGGUUAAUAUUUUAGUAUGAGGGAUUUUGCAUUUAUUCUAUGGUGUUUGCAUUUAUCCCUCUUUUUCUGCAUUUCCAUUUCUGUUGUUAUAAGCAGGGUGAUUGUGAUCUAGUUAAAGCUCAGUUAAUUUAUAAUUAACUUAUUGGGUUUUAUAGUUAUGAUCGGGAAAAGUGAUGGGGGCCUGAUAGGCGAAUGUUGACAUUGUUGCUGUUGAUGCUGUGUCUGUGUCAUUGAUGAUUGUUCGUGAGUUUGGUGACGGUUGCAAGAGUGCUGAUAUUAGGACUGAUUGUUUUAUCACUUUGCUGGUUAGGAAGACACUUAGUUGACUUGAUUUUUUUCACGAAUGAUCUGAUUUUCGGUAAGCUUUUUUGUUCACUUCCUAUUUUAUUAAAUACCACGCGUUCUGGGUAUUCUGUUUUUUGAUCUGGUAACGUGUGAUUGGUCUUCAUCGAAUAAAUUGUCUUGAGGCGAAUUCUUGAUGCCGUGAUGGACACAAGUUGAACGUAUUUUGUCAUGUGGCCGAUGCCUCAUAGGAGUAGGAGUCGGACCUGUCAUUUGUUGAUUCAGACGUAGACACUAAACUUAAACUGCGGUACUAAGUACAAACCCUAGUUUGUUGGUGUGCUGUUUCAAAUCACAGUGAAGGGGUCAAUGGUAAAAUAAUAAAGUAUAUUUUAUAGGGUAUUUUACUGGAUACUUGUUUAACAUUGACCUUUUCAAGUUUAUAAUAUCUGCUACUUGAUGUAGUGAGAUGGUUGUUGUAGCACUGAUCCAUGACUGUAGCUGUGAGGUGGUUGCUGAUCCAUCUUUAAUAUGAAUGUGUUCGUGAGUAAUUUGAAGAGUUAACAAAUUAGUGUAGCGGACCGUUGCUGCCCUGAUUGCCGGGGUCGGGUUUGCAAUAUUCUUAGCUGUUGGUAGUUGAUACUGAUGAUGGUUGUCUAGCUGUGCCGCUGGUUUCUGUUGAUUCCAAAGCUGCCUGCCAGAAUUCUUUUCACUACUAAGGUCGUGGUUGGUUUUUGUAGUUUCGUCUUUGAUCAUCCGUGCAUUCAUUUGUAUGGCAUAGUAUUUGUAUUUUUGUAUUGCUCGUCACUUGUUACCUAACAUUGUGUUCCUUAUUACGGUAUUGUGGUGUUGUUAUUGUAAUGCAACUGAAAUAAACAAGCAAAGUUUUAGAGAUAUUGAAGGUUUUGUUAGGCUUA